GAAGUGAGAGUCUCUGUGUGUGCGAGUACGCGAGCGUGUGUGUCUAUCUCUCCGUGUGUUGUUUUAAGGGGGAGGGUCUGGCCAGGAGAUAGAAAAAGAGAGAAGGGGGAGUGAGACAACGAUACGACGGCGUGAGCCGGUCACAGUUAUUGACUGGUACGGAUUUUUUUCUUUCGUCUAACGGGUCUUUUCGCUCCUACACUGCAUAAGAAGACGACUCCCCCUUGAUUUUCCGAGUCCCCCUCCCCAGUACCGCUUUCUUUCUCUCCGCAACUGAGACUCAAAAGUGCUGCAGGAUGUCACAGGCACUCCCGAUACGCUUUCAGGAACAUCUGCAGCUGCAGGCGCUGGGCGUGAGCGCGGCCCACAUCGGCUUCAGCUACCUGACCAUGGAGUCGGACAAGUUCAUCUGCGUGCGGGAGAAGGUGGGCGAGCAGAACCAGGUGGUCAUCGUGGACCUGGGGGACCCCACUAACCCCAUACGCCGACCAAUCACAGCCGACAGCGCCAUCAUGAACCCCGCCAGCAAGGUCAUCGCCCUCAAAGCCUCACGGACGCUGCAGAUCUUCAACAUGGAGAUGAAGAGCAAGAUGAAGGCCCACACCAUGCCGGACGACGUCAUGUUCUGGAAGUGGAUCUCCGUCAACACCAUCGGCCUGGUGACGGACACGGCAGUGUACCACUGGAGCAUGGAGGGCGACUCGCAGCCCGUCAAGAUGUUCGACCGGCACGCCAGCCUGGCCGGCUGCCAGAUCAUCAACUACAGGACGGACGAGCAGCAGAAAUGGCUCCUGCUCAUCGGCAUCUCAGCACAGCAAAACCGUGUGGUGGGCGCGAUGCAGCUCUUCUCGGUGGAGCGUAAGGUCUCCCAGCCCAUCGAGGGCCACGCGGCCGCCUUCGGGCAGUUCACCCUGGAGGGCAACCCCCACCCCUCCACCCUCUUCUGCUUCUCUGUUAGGGGCGCCGCCGGAGGAAAGCUGCACAUCAUUGAGGUGGGUCAGCCUGCCGCAGGUAACCAGCCCUUCACCAAGAAAGCUGUGGACGUACUCUUCCCUCCAGAGGCCCAGACGGACUUCCCUGUUGCCAUGCAGAUCGGGGCUAAGUACGGCAUCAUCUACCUCAUCACCAAGUAUGGCUACAUCCACCUGUAUGACCUGGAGACGGGCGUGUGUGUCUACAUGAACCGCAUCAGCGCAGAGACCAUCUUUGUCACCGCCGCACACGACAGCACAUCAGGCAUCAUAGGAGUCAACAAGAAGGGACAGGUGUUGUCAGUGUGUGUGGAGGAGGAGAACAUUGUGGGCUAUGCCAGCAACGUGCUGCAGAACGCGGACCUGGCUCUGCGGCUGGCCACGCGGAGUAACCUGCCCGGAGCCGAGGAGCUGCUCACACGCAAGUUCAACACCCUCUUCAGCCAGGGCAGUUACACAGAGGCGGCCAAAGUCGCCGCUUCCGCUCCCAAGGGUGUAUUGCGUACAGCGGACACCAUCCGUAAGUUCCAGAGUGUGUCCGGCGUGCCGGGCCAGGCGUCUCCGCUGCUGCAGUACUUCGGGGUGCUGCUGGACCAGGGGCAGCUGAACGCGCUGGAGGCCCUGGAGCUCUGCCGGCCCGUGCUGCAGCAGGGACGCAAACAGCUGCUGGAGAAGUGGCUCAAGGCGGAGAAGCUGGAGUGCUCGGAGGAGCUGGGGGAUCUGGUGAAGCCCGUGGAUCCCAACCUGGCUCUCAGCGUCUACCUGCGCGCCAACGUCCCAAACAAAGUCAUCCAGUGCUUUGCCGAGACGGGGCAGUUCCAGAAGAUUGUGCUUUACGCCAAGAAGAUGGGCUACACUCCUGAUUGGAUAUCUCUACUGAGGAGCGUGAUGAGGGCGGGUCCAGACCAGGGCCUACAGUUCGCUCAGAUGCUGGUACAGGACGAGGAACCACUGGCCAACAUCGACCAGAUCGUGGACGUGUUCAUGGAGGGCAACCUGGUGCAGCAGUGCACUUCGUUCCUAUUGGACGCCCUGAAGGCCAAUAAGCCGGAGGAGGGCCAUCUGCAGACACGCCUCCUGGAGAUGAACCUCAUUCAUGCCCCGCAGGUGGCAGAUGCCAUCCUGGGCAACCAGAUGUUCACCCACUAUGACCGCACCCACAUCGCCCAGCUGUGCGAGAAGGCCGGCCUGCUGCAGAGGGCUCUGGAGCACUACACAGACCUCUACGAUAUCAAGAGGACCAUCGUACACACACACCUGCUGAACCCAGAGUGGCUGGUGAACUUCUUCGGCUCCCUCUCGGUGGAGGACUCGGUGGAGUGUCUGAGGGCCAUGCUCUCCGCUAACCUGCGGCAGAACCUCCAGCUGGCCGUGCAGGUGGCCACCAAGUACCACGAGCAGCUGGGAACACACACACUGCUGGAGCUCUUCGAGUCCUUCAAGAGCUACGAGGGCCUGUUCUACUUCCUGGGCUCCAUCGUGAACUUCAGCCAGGACUCGGACGUGCACUACAAGUACAUCCAGGCGGCCUGCAAGACGGGCCAGAUCAAGGAGGUGGAGCGCAUCUGCCGCGAGAGCAACUGCUACGACCCUGAACGCGUCAAGAACUUCCUCAAGGAGGCUAAGCUAACAGAUCAGCUUCCACUGAUCAUUGUGUGCGAUCGCUUUGACUUUGUCCACGACCUGGUGCUCUAUCUGUACCGUAAUAACCUGCAGAAGUACAUCGAGAUCUACGUGCAGAAGGUGAACCCCAGUCGUUUGCCGGUGGUGCUGGGGGGUCUGCUGGAUGUGGACUGCUCUGAGGAGGUGAUGAAGACCCUGCUGAUGGCAGUGAAGGGAGCGUUCAGCACCGAGGAGCUGGUGGAGGAGGUGGAGAAGAGGAACAGGUUGAAGCUCCUACUCCCCUGGCUGGAGGCUCGGGUGGCGGAGGGCUGCGAGGAGCCGGCCACCCACAACGCCGUGGCCAAGAUCUACAUCGACAGCAACAACAACCCCGAGCGCUUCCUGAAGGAGAACCAGCACUACGACAGCGCUGUGGUGGGCAAGUACUGCGAGAGGAGGGACCCCCACCUGGCCUUCGUGGCCUACGAGAGGGGGCAGUGCGAUCAGGAACUCAUCAAGGUGCCUUCACACACACACACACACACACACACACACACACACACACACACACACACACACACACACACACACACACACACACACACUCUUUCUCUGCCUACCCCACCUGGCCUUCGUGGCCUACGAGAGGGGGCAGUGCGACCGGAACUCAUCAAGGUGCACUCACACCCCAGUCAAUCAUUAUAGUAGCCUGGCGACGCCAUCCUAUUAUCCUCUACUUAUUUCCUUAAAUCCUAAAGGAAUCUACAAAACCUGCUGAUCCUGACGGCCAUCAAGGCUGACCACACGCGCGUCAUGGAGUACGUCAACCGGCUGGACAACUACGACGCCCCGGACAUCGCCAACAUCGCCAUCAGCAACCAGCUCUACGAGGAGGCCUUCGCCAUCUUCAAGAAGUUUGAUGUCAACACUUCAGCCAUUCAGGUCCUGAUUGAGCACAUAGGCAACCUGGACCGUGCGUAUGAGUUUGCAGAGCUGUGUGGCGAGGCGGGCGUGUGGAGUCAGCUGGCGCGUGCCCAGCUACAGCGGGAGCUGGUGAGGGAUGCCAUCGACUCCUACAUCCGGGCGGAGGACCCCAGUGCCUACAUGGAGGUGGUCGGCGCUGCCAGCACACACAAUAAUUGGGAGGAGCUGGUGAAGUAUCUUCAGAUGGCGAAGGGCAAGUCUCGGGAGUCCUACGUAGAGACGGAGCUGAUCUUCUCUCUGGCCAAAACCAGCCGCCUGGCCGAGCUAGAGGAACUCAUCAAUGGACAAACCAAUGCCCACAUACAGCAGGUUGGGGAUCGUUGUUUUGAGGAGGGCAUGUACGAUGCUGCUAAACUGCUGUAUGGUAACGUGUCCAACUUCGCUCGGCUGGCCUCCACGCUGGUGAGGCUGGGGGAGUUCCAGGCGGCCGUGGACAGCAGCCGCAAGGCCAACUCCACACGCACCUGGAAGGAGGUGUGUUUUGCGUGUGUAGAGGGUGAGGAGUUCAGGUUAGCGGAGAUCUGCGGCCUCCACAUCGUCAUCCACGCUGAUGAACUGGAGGAGCUCAUCAACUACUACCAGGAGCGCGGUUUCUUUGAGGAGCUGAUGGUGUUGCUGGAAGCUGCUCUGGGCCUGGAGCGCGCCCACAUGGGCAUGUUCACCGAGCUGGCCAUCCUCUACUCCAAAUACAAGCCCCUCAAGAUGAGGGAGCACCUGGAGCUCUUCUGGUCCAGAGUCAACAUCCCCAAGGUUCUGCGGGCGGCUGAGGCGGCUCACCUGUGGGCGGAGCUAGUGUUCCUGUACGAUAAGUAUGAGGAGUAUGACAACGCCAUCCUCACCAUGACGACACAUCCCACGGACGCCUGGAAGGAGUCCUCCUUCAAAGAGAUCAUCCCAAAGGUGGCCAAUGUGGAGCUGUACUACAAGUCUCUCCAGUUCUAUCUGGACUACAAGCCCCUGCUGCUCAACGACCUGCUCACAGUCCUCGCACCACGCCUAGACCACACCAGAGCCGUCACAUACUUCACUAAGGUUAAUCAGCUGCAGCUGGUGAAGCCGUACCUGCGCUCAGUUCAGAGCCAGAACAACCAGGCCGUCAAUGAGGCCCUCAACACCCUGCUCACCCAGGAGGAGGACUACCAGGGCCUGCGGGCGUCCAUAGAUGCGUAUGAUAACUUUGACAGUGUGGGAUUAGCCCAGGCCCUGGAGAAACACGAGCUGCUGGAGUUCAGACGCAUCGCUGCAUACCUGUACAGGAGCAACGCACGCUGGACACAGAGCGUAGAGCUAUGCAAGAAAGACAACCUAUACAAGGAUGCCAUGCAGUACGCUGCGGAGUCGGAGGACAGUGAGCUGGCGGAGUCCCUGCUGCAGUGGUUCCUGGAGGAGGGGAGGAGGGAGUGCUUCGCCGCCUGCCUCUUCACCUGCUACCCCCUGCUGCACCCAGACCUGGUGCUGGAGCUGGCCUGGAGACACCAGCUCACAGACUUCACCAUGCCAUACUUCAUCCAGGUCAUGAGGGAGUACCUAGGCAAGGUGGAUAAGCUGGAGGAGGCGGAGAGCAAUCGAACUGGUAAAGAGGAAGAGGUGCAGGAACCUGCUCCUGGGGUGUACGGUCAACAGCUGAUGUUAACGGCUGGCCCCACUCCCAUCGUCCCUCAGCCUGGUUACCAAGGUUACGGCUAUGCCACGCCGGGAUAUGCGCCACCUACUUACGGGUUCAACGUUCAGCCUUAAAAAAAAAAAAAAGAACUUCUCCCAUUUUUUCUGCACAUAACACCCCUUCCCAGUCCCAUUCCCUUUAUGCGCUGUGACUUCUGGGAAAUGUAUGCCUUUUGAGAUACCUCUGGAUUCUUAACCCCACGCUGCCCCACUGCACAGCAUGAAGACCACUGCACCCCAAGCAGCAAGCAGAAGAGGCUGGUGCACUACUCUCAUCAAACACUAGAGGCCGCUAUAGCACCUAUCAACUCACAACAACCCCUGUGUACACUGACUACCCCAAGUUCUACUGUCAGGAAGCAGCUUUCUUAGAAAAAAUAAACAGAGAAAGACAGGGGAAGAAAGAGAGAAAAAAAGACAUUAUAUUUUUAGUAGAAAAAAAAAUAAAGCAAACUAAAAAAGUGAAGAGAGUUUUACAUACUGUAGCACUGUUUGAGGAUGUAUUACAUACAGUAUGCGUCGGGACGGGUGUUGCCACAACAACAACAAGGGAGCGUUGGCAUGGAAACGCAUGCAUGCAAUUUGUGUGAGACACCGCCGUUGCCGUCAUAGAAGCUGUCAAUCAAACUCGAUCGACAUCACCCCCCACCCCUCCCUCCCACUGUGACUGCUUGUGUGGUCGGCAUCUGUCUGGCUGCACUCGUCUGCUUCCGCCGCCUGUUGCCUCAUCUGAAAAUCUUGGAGACACACAUAUGGAUGCAUUUCACUAUCUAUCCUACUGGUAGAGUUGCAUCCUCUAUCCUCAGCCCUCGUGCCUCGAGGCUCAACCAGAGACAAUUGAUAAGGAAGAGAUUAUUCAUGAACAUAAGUGUGUUUCUUCUGGAGUCCAUAUGAUGUAGUGGUCUACCACCAUCAUAUGGCUGCCAUGCCUUUUUAGUAUAGGGCACUAGAUGGGGGUUCAGAAUGAAUGAAGUUUAGUGGGAAAAAUCACCCCCAUUUGGGAGAUCAGAGGUGCAUUUCUCAAAAGUGGUUAUUAGCAGUUAGCAACUUGGGUAGUUACCAAUGGGAAAUUACAUUGCAAACAACAAAGUAGUUAAUCUUGUUAGCAACAACAGUUUCGAGAAGUGCACCCCAGAAUUGAUUGCACUUUGUUGCAUUGGUGACGCGUAGUAGCCUAUGCUUCAUCUUGUCGACCAUAUUGAAAAUGGAGGUGCAGGAGAAGCGAGAGACUGCACAUGGUGCUUGAUUCCUCCAUCCCACCUUGAUCCCUUCUUUGAUUCCUCGGUGGGAUGAGGUGCGAAAGCAGAGGCACAAGGUUAGAGGACAGAGGAAGUAAGAGUAGGCUAGAUUUUGAGAUGCAGACGAUUAACUUUGUCAGGGAACGCAUGGAUCCACUGAGAACCGGUACUGAACAAAAUGGCUGAAAGAAAGGACUUGGACAUGUUAUAUUCAUAUCAAAAACAGUAUUUGUAAAGUCACCCCCCACCUUCAGUGACAGGAAAUGGGUCUGGAACGACCCGGAAGUGAACAGGGGGCAAAGGUCAGAGAAGAGUGGAUGAGGAAAUGUUGUAGGAAGUGAAGCUGCUGGAUUUGGAAGUGAAGAGGAAAUAAGUGUGUUUACAGAUGGUACAUUUUUUUGUUGUUAUUUUUUUCUUCUUUCUUGUUUAUUUGAUUAUUUUUCUGCCUGCAUGUGCUAGUAGUGUUUCAUGACAGGACGUGAGCUGCAUUGCAAACUACUAGAGCACUACACUCUACAGUAGGCUACCGACACAGUGCUAACGAAGUUAGAAACCUCACAUACUGUACACACACAAUCCUCUAUCUCAGAUUAUAUUAUUAGCAAGCUCAUCUCAGUGGAACAGAAAGUAAGUAGGCAACAAAAAAAGUUUAACUUAAGUAUGGUACUCGCUCUUAUUUAAUGCAAAACGGAACAUUUUAACUGUGUUAUUUCCAUUCUACUAUCAUGUCUGUGGGGGAUCUUUUGGCGAAGUCAUUCAAAGCGACUGAAGUAGUACGUUGUGUACUGUACAAUGCGAAUGAAAUAGAUAACAACCGUAAGAAUAGUGUUAUAUCGGUACCGCUCUAAUCAGUAUCCAUGUUAAGCUCAGUAUCAUGAUGGCAAAGCGCUAUGCAUUGUCGACAGUGUAUGUCUUUAGUCUUACAAACAAUUUACUUUUUUAUUGAAAAAAAAAUGUUGAAAUAAUAAUAACAAAAAAAACCUGAAAGAACAUAGACAUUGGAAGACGCCGAGACACGUGGUGGUGUGUGGAAGCAAUCCUUUGGGGUUGCUAGGUUACGCAGGAGGAGAAGAGGGAGGGGCAGUGGGCAUGACUGCUCAUGGCUGGUCUGUGUGUGUGUAGCCUAUGUGUGUGCAUGAUGAAUGGGUGUGUUUGUCUGUGUGUCAUUCACACAUACAGACACACAGACAGACACAAACAAACACACAGAUGUGGUGGAUCCUGCAAAUGUUGAAUGUUGAGAUGGAUGAAUAAAGUUUACACACACUCACACAUGAAACAUGUGCUUGCUGUCUAUUCUCUUGGCAGGGCUCUUUUAAGGUGGAAAAGGCUGACUGAAAAGUUUGUGUGCAC